UCCUAUCCUCUCCCUCUUCUUCAUCUCUCGUAUACAAUCAAAACCGACACAUACAGAGAGACACGAACCAAAGAGUGCAAAAUGGCAGCGACGACUCUCUCCAUCGCAACCACAUUCCGCUCCUCGUCUUACCUCACUCACGCUUCUCCCCAUGGCUUCCCUCCCCGACCCAACACAACAUUCCGCAUCGGUUCACCUUCCUCCACACCGACCCACCGUGCAACCCACCUCCGUCCCGUCUCCGCCGUCGAAGCUCCGGAGAAGAUCGAGAAGAUUGGGUCCGAGAUCUCUUCUCUGACGCUCGAGGAAGCCCGCGUCCUCGUUGACUACCUUCAGGACAAGUUCGGUGUGUCGCCGCUCUCGUUAGCUCCCGCUGCGGCGGCUGUGGCUGCUCCGGGGGACGGAGGUGGUGCGGCGGUUGCGGUGGAGGAGCAGACGGAGUUCGACGUGGUGAUUGAUGAAGUGCCGAGCAAUGCGCGUAUUGCUGUGAUCAAAGCGGUGAGGGCUUUGACUAGCUUGGCGUUGAAGGAAGCGAAGGAGCUUAUCGAAGGGUUGCCGAAGAAGUUUAAGGAAGGUGUGACGAAGGAUGAAGCUGAAGAAGCUAAGAAGCAGCUUGAAGAAGCUGGCGCCAAGGUUUCCAUUGCUUAACUUUUUAAAAAUUUGAUUAUUAUUUUUGAAGUAUUUUUCUUUUCUGGAAGUAUUGAUUCAGCUUUGAGAAAAAUAUUGUAGUGUGAAUCAUUUUGCCUUUACUAUAAUGGUGCGUCACUCCCUCACA